AUGGAGAUAUCGGGACCCGGAAAAGCGCCAAACACUGCGUUGUCUUUUAGGUAUAAUGCUAAUAAUGAAGAGCUGGAAGAACUAUUUGAUGCCUGUGAAGAUGAUCCACCUACCCCCCAAUGUGAUGUUCCUGUGAGUACCCUAAGUGAGAAUGCCAGCCCUAAAAAAACCGACAAAACAUCAAUUAUUGAUAAAUACUUCAAGUCUAUGCGUGAAAAGCAAGUUGAUAAAACAGAAGAUGCUAAAGUGUCAGAGACAAAAGUAACUGAUGAGGCUAAAAGUGUACAAAAUCCACCCAAAGAAAUUUCAUCAUCUCCUAUGAAGGAUUAUCUAAACCGCUUGGGUAAAAGAAGUACCUCUGAAGUGGAUGUGAAAGAACCAAAUGAAACAUGGAAAAUUUUUCAUGACUUCAAAUUUAAAAUAGCUCAAGCAGUUGAAGAUAUGAAAACGAGGUCCUUAGAAGAAACAAAGGAGAAAUCUGUACCAAGAGAAAAUUCGACAUCAGAUUCUGAAGAAAACUCUGCUGUUAAGGAUUCUGACCAGCAAAGUGUUGGGGAUACUGAUAAUCAGGUAUCAUCAUUGGAUAGUAGCAUACAAAAUUUAUCUGAAGUAACACAACCUUUAACUGCAAAAGUCACUGAACGAGAAUUAGUGUUUCCAGCUGAAAACAAAAACUAUUCAGACUCCAGUGAUGACACUCACAAAAAUAUAGUACACAGUGAUUCAGCCGAUUUUUCAAAAGACUAUCAGAACGACGGUAAUAUGAUGGAUGUGGAAUCUGGAGUGGAAGCACUCGAGGAUACUUUGGAUGCAUUUGGAGAUGUUACCAAUGCAGAUGCUGAUUUACAACAAAAUGACAAACCUCUCGGAUCACCGCCUACACCUCAACCGACAAUCACAAACAAUUUUGGACUGCCUCCUAGUAAAAACAAUCUGAAUAAGUUGCAAAGUCCGGAAAAAUCUAAAGCAUAUUUUUUCAAUUUCACAAUGUAUUUUAUAACUAUAUUUGUUUUUGUAAAUUAUUUAUUAUUUCCUAAUUGUAAAUUGUGGAAUGGGUUUUUGUUGGGUAUAUGGAUUUUCUACAUAGCUAGUCAGUUAAAAACUUGGGUGCUAGAAAAUUUUUUUACUGAUGAAGAGUCACACAGACGCCCUUUUCUACAUAUAAAACGUAGUAGUACUAUUCCUCCUACAUACACAAUACCUUCAGUACAAGAACACACACCUAUGAAGAAAUAUGAGGGUUGGAUAAACCAUUACAGAUUUCCAGAUUAUGAUCCAUUCACCUAUCAUAUCAAUCAAACAACAACAGCCUUCAUGAAACUAGAAGGUUGUAACUUAAGAAUAUCAUACACAAGAACCAAAGUAGCUAAAAGAGCUCUAUGGGAUGAGAAAAUAGAGAAUGUAGUUUUUUACCAACAUCGGUUAUACAACUUGACCGGCGCACGGGUAUUAUUGCUACCAAAAGGACUAGUAAAAAGAAGACAAUGGAGCAAGAAAUACCCAAUCUGCGUUGUGUUAAACGAAAGAGAGAGUAUUCAGGUGUUAGAAAAGGAGAAUAUGGAAGCGGAACGAAAAUUGUCGGAUGCCGUGGCCAACAAGAAGGGCAAGGAGACACCGGAGGUGGAGACCGCCGAGACUAACACCAGCCCAGAGAAGAAAAGGAAAUUCGUAUGGAGACGACGGGAGAAAAGCAUUUCCCACUCGGACGGAGAAACAGGUAAAGAAGGGCUUCGGCACAGGCUUGUUAGAAAAAUGCAUAGAGAUAAAAAACCGGACAACUUGUCAACGUGUGUGGAAAAGAAUGAGGGUCAAGAGAAAUCAGAAAAGAGCGUUCUGGUUGAAGAGUCUACAUUUCACGAUCCUGAAAUAGACUUUGCCAAAUCGACGACGAGCACUAAAGAUGACGCCGAAGAAGACUUGGACGAGACUGAAUUGUCCAGGAUCAAAGAGUUUUUGGAGGAUGCGGAAUCGGAGACAGGCGCUGAAGGGACGACAGAUGGCGAAUGGAGUCUUCAUGUGAGACGGUCUUCGGACAAACACUCCCAUUUGUAUUUAUUCGCUCGCACAGGGAGGGAUAAACAUGAGUGGUACCGUCGUCUUAACACGGCGGUGAUAGACGCUAAAUCCGCGUCGCCCGAUUUGUCAGCUGCGGAAGAACGCAGCGCCAGCGAUCCCGUCGACAAUAAGGACGGCGUCGAGAUGGCAGUCUUCAAAGUCACUGAGAAGGACACUGUGGCGUUCGCCAAAACUGUCAACAAACACUCUGACUCGAUAUCGGAAGCGGUGACGAUAUCCGCGUCCGCUGGCGCCCAUCGGAUCCAACCCGACAUGGAUUCCUACGAGAAGACCUUCUGGCCGUACUUGCUCAAAAUACUACAGGCUAAAACGCCAUCACUGACAUGCCAAUGCCGCCUUUUGCCCGCGGAAGUGACGUGGGUGAACACGCUGGUAGCCCGCAUCAUAUAUGAUGUGAUGCGGGACCCGGCAACCAUCGCUCGCCUCCAAGACAAAAUACAGAGGAAACUCAACACACUCAAGUUGCCGUCGUUCAUGAGCCCCCUGGUGGUGACGGAGCUGUCUCUCAGCGGCGCGUGCCCACUAGUGGGCAGCGUGGCGGCGCCGGCGUGGGACGAGCGGGGCGUGUGGCUCGACGCGGAUCUGAGAUACGACGGCGGUGCCUACAUCGCGAUAUCGACGCAACUCAAUCUUAUGAAGCUCAAGGAAAAGAACGUAACAUUAGAGGACCAAAUUUUAACGACGACCGAUCCGGUUGAAAAGGAAUCAAGCGCAAACACUUCAGGAGACACACUUUUAGACAGUUUAAGGAAACGAAAGCCCGCCAUAUACGACUCGGAUCUGGAAGAUUCUGCAGAGUCGAGCAGCGAUGACGAAAGUCCGCCCAUACAGCCCGUCGAUAGCUACGUCAACACUCCUACCUCAGAAUCCGUAUCAUCAACACCAGAAGGAACGUCUUCUAAAAAAAAAUUUUUAAAAAUGGUUGAUAAAAUCGCCACAAACAAAUAUUUCCAACAGGUAACAGAUUACAAAUACGUGAAGCGCGCAAUGGAAGGAUUGUCCAAUACCGACAUCAAACUGCACUUAGAAAUAGAGGGUUUGGAAGGACGGUUAGCUGUAAAUCUACCACCGCCACCACACGACAGAAUAUGGAUCGGGUUUCGCACAAAUCCCCAACUGGUGUUAAAAGCUCGCCCCGCUGUUGGAGCUCGCACUCUCCGCUUCGCCCACAUCACCAACUGGAUAGAACAGAAGCUCACCAAAGAGUUCGAGAAGGUUCUUGUGCUGCCAAACAUGGAAGACAUCAUUAUGGAUGUCAUGACGCCCACUCCCAUCGAGUUUGAGUAUGGAAUACGAACUGCUCUAAAAAGUGGUUCCACAGAAACUGCGAUCAAGAGGGCGGGGAGAAAAUACUGCGAUCAUCAGCACGCCGAUCAUGAGAUAGGUUGA